GAUGGUGAAGAUUGUGUUGGUGGUGAUGGUGAUGUUUAUAAGGUCUGGUUUUUUUUUUAUUAUUAUUCAAUAUUCUAUGUUAUAAUUUUUGCUACUUAAUUGUUUCUUUUUCUGUUUAUAUUGUGCAGGAAAUUAAAAAUAUUUCCGAGAUGUCUGUGAAAGAAGUUGAUAGUCAAGAUUUUCUUUAAGUUUAUGUUCUUUGGAAAAGGUUAAAUUUUGUUUAUUAAUUUUUUUUAUAGAACAGUUUUGUGUAAUUAUCGUAUUUUUUUAUCAUAUUAAGUUGUUAACUAAUUUGUUUGUUGUUUUUUUUUUUUGUUUUUGUUGUUAGGAUAUGCCAAAUUUUGACAUAUUGGGUUCGUUAUUAGGACAAAAUGAGACUGUUGCAAUGGUAGAGGAUGAAGUUUUGGGUUCUGAUGGUGGUAAUGUAGGUGGAGUUGAGGGAGUUGCUGAGAAAGUUAGUGCGGGUACCGAUGAUGGUUUUUCAGAAUCUGUGAUGGCUGUUAUAAAUCAGAAAGUGGAUGAUGCGUGUCAUGCAUAUGAAGUGAAGAAGAUUAUGGACAAGAUUAAGGUUUGUGAAUCUCCCAAAUCAAAGAGGGCUCAUAAGCCUAGCGUGGUUUUACAGAGUCCUUACAGAAAUGAUUUUGGGUCUUCUGGUAGUAAUGAAAAGAUGAAGAAAAAGAAUGUUAAAGGUCAAUAUGCGUUUAAUUCUGGGUUGUUUGAUCCUCCGCACGAACUUCAACAGAAGGCAUUUGAUGAGUGGUUCUGUGUUGGGUUCAAGGAUGAGAAUAAGAAGAAGAAGUUUGUUCAAGGGAAGAAUCUUUUUAGUCCUGCUUUAGAUUUCUGCAUUGAUAGUGUUCAGGACAAGUGGUGGUUUUAUGAUCUUUUGACCCCUGGGAGGUGCCUUAGUGACUCGCAUAUGGAUGUAAUAUUUUAUUACUUGCGAAAGAAGUUGAAGUAUGAUCCUAAUGUUGCAGUGUCUGCAACAACCACAGAUUAUCAUUUCUGUUUUAAGGUGGUUGAAUUGUAUGAUAAGUUUGUCAAGUCUGGAAACAAGAUUGAUGCUGUGCCUAAGAGUAACAUUGUUACUGAAUACAUGAGUGGGUAUUACAUGUAUGCUAACAAAGAUUGGCUACGUGUUGAUUAUGUGUUGAUUUACAUGCAUAUUAAGGAUGAAAAGCAUUGGAUUUUGAUCAUUUUUGAUAUUAGGGCUAGGUGUCUCAAUGUUUAUAAUUCCUUAGGGUCUAGACAUGAGUUGGACAGGAAAACAGCUGGUUAUGUCAAGCCUUUUGCAGUGGUGUUGCCUAUAUGUUUGUCAUUCAUUGACUAUUACAGUAGGAGGAUGGAUAUUGACACAAGCCAAGGAUUUUUUAAAGGGAAAAAGGAGGAGGACAUGCUUGAUGUCUUUGUUGUUACUAAGUUACCUCAACAAGUAGACAAUGAUUGUGGCUUGUUCGUGGCUAAGUAUGCUGAUUUCUUUAUUCAUGGAUGUAUUGAGAAACUUCCAAAUCCUCUAGAUGUGGGGUUUUUUAGGAGGAAGCUUCAUUUGUUGAGUUGUAUGUUCAUGCCAAGAAGAAACUGUUGAAUGAUUAUGAUUCUGAGUCUGAGUUUCCUGGGAGGAUUCCAAAAGCUUGAUUGGAUUGAAGGGGUUUCGAAUCUGCACUAGGAUGAAACUUUUUGGUGUACUAAAGUUGGAGUUUCAACUGGAAUGAAACUUUUUGGUGAACUAUUUUGAGUCAAAGUAACUUGUUUUGUUACUUUUGUUUUUAGAAUUGUAAUUAAGCUCCAAUUUUUUAGUACAUUUGUUUGUUAGUAUUAGUGAAUGGUGUAUCUGGACAGUAGGGUUUAUAUGUAGUAUUUAGCUAGGUGUUAAUCUGUUUGUUGUUGGUAACACUGAUGUGAAGGGACCGUUUAGUAUCUUUUUUUGGAAAUAUGCAAGUAUAUAAGUAGUUAAAAUUGUUGUUUGGAAUGUUAUGUUUUAAUGGAAGUAUUCAAGUUUAUAAAGUUGGAAAGAAA